AUGCUGCCGAUCGGGAAGACCACGAAGCAGGGCAAACGGGGCAUUCUAGAGCGCUUAGACUCUGGAGAAAUUGUGAUUGGAGAUGGAGGCUUUGUCUUUGCUCUUGAAAAAAGGGGAUAUGUAAAGGCUGGGCCUUGGACUCCUGAAGCAACAGUAGAACACCCAGAAGCAGUUCGUCAACUUCACCGGGAGUUCCUUAGAGCCGGAUCCAAUGUUCUGCAGACAUUCACCUUUUAUGCCAGUGAGGACAAACUAGAGAACAGGGGCAAUUAUGUAGCUGAGAAAAUAAGCUGUCAGAAAGUGAAUGAAGCUGCUUGUGAUAUUGCAAGGGAAGUGGCUAAUGAAGGAGAUGCUUUAGUGGCUGGAGGAGUCAGUCAAACGCCAUCAUACUUAAGCUGCAAGGAUAAAGCAGAGGUUAAAGCAGUCUUUCGAAAACAGCUAGAUGUCUUUAUGAAGAAGAACGUGGACUUCCUAAUUGCAGAGUAUUUUGAACAUGUGGAAGAGGCUGUCUGGGCAGUUGAAGUCCUAAAAGAAUCUGGAAAACCAGUUGCAGCUACAAUGUGCAUUGGUCCAGAAGGAGACAUGCAUGGUGUGCCCCCUGGACAAUGUGCUGUCCAACUCGUAAAGGCUGGUGCUUCUAUUGUUGGAGUCAACUGCCAUUUUGAUCCCAAUACUUCCCUGAGAACUGUGAAACUGAUGAAAGAGGGCUUGCAGGCUGCUAAACUGAAAGCCCACCUGAUGUCCCAGCCACUUGCUUUCCAUACACCUGAUUGUGGAAAGCAGGGCUUUAUUGAUCUUCCAGAAUUUCCCUUUGGUCUGGAGCCAAGAAUUGUAACCAGAUGGGAUAUUCAAAAAUAUGCAAGAGAGGCCUACGACUUAGGAAUUCGUUACAUUGGAGGAUGCUGUGGAUUUGAGCCAUACCACGUCCGAGCAAUAGCUGAGGAGCUGGCUCCUGAAAGAGGAUUUUUUCCAGAAGCUUCUGAGAAACAUGGUAGAUGGGGGGAAAGUCUGAGCAUGCAUACCAAACCCUGGGUUAGAGCAAGGGCAAGAAAAGAAUACUGGGAGAAUCUGAAGCCUGCUUCAGGCAGGCCAUAUUGUCCUUCAAUGUCAAAGCCAGAUGGCUGGGGAGUGACCAAAGGAGGCAAGGAACUGAUGCAACAGAAAGAAGCAACAAGUGAACAACAGCUGAAAGAGCUCUUCCAGAAAAAAAAGUUCUAAUCUGCUGGAGUUGUGUAAAUGUUAGAAUGAUUUCUCUACAGACUAUCUCAUGCUUCAUGAGAAAAUCUGUGAAAAUCCUGUUGAUUUAUCAGUUAACAUGUACUGAAAGGGACAAAAUGCAGAAAAAAAAUUGUGAUUACAGUUUAAAUAUGUCAAACUUUAAUAAAA